GUGCGUUCCCGAGGAGAGUGGGAAACCACCUGACAUCCGGGGAAAGGGGUGCGGGCCCGGGUGACCUGGAGGCCAUGUCCCUCAGCGGUGGGCGGCCUUGACCCACCACUCGUGUGGUAGGGGCUAUUGGGACCCUCUGGAUGUCUCAAGUUCACGUUCCCUAAAAGACGGGGGCUCUCCCCACAUCUCCCUCCGCUCCAGAGGGCUCCAGGGGGCCCAGGCAGCCCGCGGGAGAGCUAUGGAUGCCCUGGCCCUCUCCAUCCAUUCCUCAUCCAUCCCCUGUGCUCACCACACUGCCCCGCCGGACUGUAAGCCCUGUGACUGCAGGGAGGGAGCUCCUUAACCUCUGAGUGCCUCAGUUUCCUGGUUUGUAAACCAGCAGGACCAGGGACCAUCUACGGCUGUCCUAAGGAUGGAGUGAAGAUUAAAUGAGGUGAUCAUUACCGAGCGUUUGCUGUAGCAAGCCCUGAUCUAGGCAUCUGGUGAAUAUUAACUUAGUGCUUACAGUACCACGUGGAGGUAGGGAUUCUCCUUGGGAGGAAACUGAGGCCCAGGGAGGAUGGUUAAAGCCCGGCCGGCCCCAGAGACCACGUCUGACCUGUGUUAUCCUGCCUCUCCCAGCGAGAGGAGGGCAUUGGACCCGAGCUGGGCCAGGCAGCGCGUGUACUCGGUGUGAGCUCUGGCCGCUGGCCAUUCUGUGUGCCGCUGGGAUCCCCUCGCGACACGGCCCUCAGGGGAAGGCUGCAGGGCCCGCCGCCUCCUGGAGGCUCCCUGCACCCCAGGCCGCCUGCCUCGGCCCCCUGGGUGACAGCAUCUUGUCAUGUGACUGGCAUUGGCGAAGGCCCUCAGGUUUGCCCUGGAGGCUCAGGCAGACAGGGCCUGGCCAAAGAGGUGUUACCUUUGAGCAUCAUUAUCAUCUCUGAUCCUCUGUUUGGGACUCUCAGGGGCGGGGUUUCAACAGACAAAGCUGGCGGGUGGGUCUCACUCCUCCUUACACACAGAAAGCCAGGUCAGCAGAGCGUCUGUCAGAAACCAGCUUCCGCCGCUCAGAAGAGGGUCUCGGUGGUUCCAAGAAACUCACGGCGAUGGGAAAGGGGCCGCGUGGAGAGGCAGGGGCCCUGGGUCCCGAUCGUCCGCCGCCAGGAAGACACGUGCAGCCAGGAUGAACCUGGGACCCGGAGCCACUCGCCGCUGUAGCCAUGGAGAAGCGGGGCCUCGGCGAGAUGGACACGGUCCCGCGGCCGCAGCGUCCUCGCUCCCACGUGAAGCUGUUGAAAACCAACCGUGAGCUGCUGGUCAUGCACAUCCGCAACACGCAGUGCCUGGUGGACAACCUGCUGGAGAAUGACUACUUCUCGGCCGAAGACGCCGAGAUUGUGGGCGCCUGCCCCACGCAGCCGGACAAGGUCCGCAAGAUCCUGGACCUGGUGCAGAGCAAGGGCGAGGAGGUGUCCGAGUUCCUCCUCUACGUGCUCCAGCGGCUCGCCGAUGCCUUCGUGGACCUCGGGCCCUGGCUGCUGGAGGUCGGCUUCUCCCCUUCCCCGCUCAUCCAGAGCAAGACCGUGGUCAACACUGACCCAGUGAGCUUGUACAUCCAGAAGCUGCGACACCAGCUGGGCCGAGACUCCAAGUUCAUCCUGUGCUACUCGCAGAAGGAGGAGGUGCUGCUGGAGGAGGUGUACACGGACACCAUCAUGGAGCUGGUCGGCUUCAGCAACGAGAGCCUGGGCAGCCUCGACAGCCCAGCCCGCCUCCUGGACCCCGCCGCGGGCGUCCUCAACGAGCAGGGCGAGACCAUCUUCGUCUCGGGCGACGCGGGCGUGGGCAAGUCCAUGCUGCUGCAGCGGCUGCAGGGCCUGUGGGCCGCCGGCCAGCUGGACCCGCGGCUCAAGUUCUCCUUCCACUUCCGCUGCCGCACCUUCAGCUGCUUCGGGGCGGGCGCCGCGCUGAGCCUGCAGGACCUGCUCUUCAAGCACUGCUGCUACCCGGAGCGGGACCCCGAGGAGGUGUUCGCCUUCCUGCUGCGCUUCCCCCAGGCCGCCCUCUUCACCUUCGACGGCCUGGACGAGCUGCACUCGGACUUCGACCUGAGCCGCGCGCCCGACGCCUCGUCGCCCUGGGAGCCGGCCCACCCGCUGGUGCUGCUGGCCAACCUGCUCAGCGGGGCGCUGCUCCGGGGGGCCACCAAGCUGCUCACGGCCCGCACGGGCGUGGAGAUCCCGCGCCAGCUCCUGCGCAAGAAGGUGCAGCUGCGGGGCUUCUCCCGCGGCCACCUGCGUGCCUACGCCGGGAGGAUGUUCCCCGAGCCGGCCGCGCGGGACCGCCUGCUGGACCAGCUGGAGGCCAGCCCCAACCUCUGCAGCCUGUGCGCCGUGCCCCUCUUCUGCUGGAUCAUCUUCCGCUGCUUCCGCCACUUCCACCGCGGCGCCUGCGACGGCGGCGCCCCCGAGCUGCCCGACUGCACCGUGACCCUGACCGACGUGUUCCUGCUGGCCACCGAGGCCCACCUCAACCGGACGCAGCCCACCAGCCUGGUGCAGAGGAACACGCGCAGCCAGACGGAGGCCCUGCGCGCCGGCCGCGCCACCCUGGGCGCGCUGGGCCGGCUGGCCCGCGGGGGCAUGGAGCGGGACCUGUUCGUGUUCAGCCCCGAGGAGGUGCAGGCCUGCGCCCUGCCCGAGGCCGACCUGCAGCUGGGCUUCCUGCGCGCCGUGCCCGAGCCGGGCCUGGGGGAGGGCGGGCAGUCCUACGAGUUCUUCCACACCACCCUGCAGGCCUUCUUCACCGCCUUCUCCCUCGUGGUGGACGCCAGGGCGGGCACGCGGGCGCUGCUCCGGUUCUUCCAGGAGUGGGCGCCCCCGGAGGAUGCGGCGGUGACGGCGGCCUGCCCGCCCCACCUGCUCCCCUUCCCGUGCCUGGGGGCCCGCCGCCCGGCGGGGGACAACCCCUUCAAGAACAAGGACCACUUCCAGUUCACCAACCUCUUCCUGUGCGGGCUGCUGUCCAAGGCCAAGCAGAAGCUCCUGAGCCACCUGGUGCCGGCCGCCGCCCUGCGGAGGAAGCGCCGGGCGCUGUGGGCGCACCUGUGCGCCAGCCUGCGGGCCCACCUGCGGAGCCUGCCCCGCACGCGCACCGACGGCUUCAGCCAGGUGCAGGCCAUGCCCACCUUCAUCUGGAUGCUGCGCUGCAUCUACGAGACGCAGAGCGAGAAGGUGGGGCGGCUGGCGGCCAAGGGCAUCUGCGCCAACUACCUCAAGCUGACCUACUGCAACGCCUGCUCGGCCGACUGCAGCGCCCUGGCCUUCGUGCUGCACCACUUCCGCAAGCGGCUGGCCCUCGACCUGGACAACAACAACCUCAACGACUACGGUGUGCGGGAGCUGCAGCCCUGCUUCAGCUGCCUCACGGUCGUCAGACUCAGCGUGAACCAGGUCACGGACAGUGGGGUCAAGGUGCUCUAUGAAGAGCUGACCAAGUACAAGAUUCUGAUGUAUUUAGGCUUGUACAACAACCAGAUCACGGACGUCGGAGCCGGCUACGUCGCCAGGAUCGUGGAAGAGUGCACAGGCCUCACGCACCUGAAACUGGGGAAAAACCAGAUAACCAGCGAGGGAGGCAAGUGUCUUGCCCUGGCUGUGAAGAAAAGCAAAUCCAUCUUGGAGAUCGGGAUGUGGGGCAAUCAGAUCGGCGAUGAAGGAGCACAGGCCUUCGCAGAGGCUCUGAGGAACCACCCCAGCUUGACCAACCUCAGCCUGGCUGCCAACGGCAUUUCGACAGGAGGCGGAAAAAGCCUCGCGCAGGCCUUGCACUGGAACACGUCGCUGAGAAUAUUCUGGCUCACCCAGAACGCACUCGAUGAUGAAGUGGCAGACAGCAUGGCAGAGAUGCUGAAAGUCAACCAGACGUUGAAGCAUUUAUGGCUUAUCCAGAACCAGAUCACAGCCAAGGGGGUCGCCCGGCUGGCAGACGCCUUAGAGAAGAACACCGGCAUCAUGGAGAUUUGCCUAAAUGGGAACUUGUUCAAGCUCGAGGAGGUCAGAGGCUUUGAGGGUGAGAAGCGGCUGGUCCUUUCCUGAGAGGAUGCCUUCCUGUCCGAGGCUCUGACCCUGGGAGGGGCGCUGGCAGCAGCAGCAGCCGCUCUGCGGUCACCCGUCUUAGGUGGCGUCUUGCUUGGGGCCUGCCGGGAGCCCAGGGCCUUCACAGAUGCUCUGACGGGCAGUUUCACGGAGAAGCGUGGGCUUUGUGAGCCAUAUUGUUACUGGAAGCGUACAUGCAGAGACGGUCCCAAGUGCCCACGGUCAUGGAAACCGCAUCCAGAGGAAUGGCUGAGCUCAUAGGACGCCGGCCCUGGCAGCUGGGGGACUGGGAUGUCGAUGCCCCCCUCACCGAGCCGCCGAGGACAUGGUGCAGAGAAGAUGCUCCGUGAACAACAAGUGUUUUGCCUGCAAUGUGGUGCUGCCCUCCCACUUCACAGCUGUAGCCCCGUGUGGGGUGGCAGUGGGUGCCAAGGAGAAGACUCGGCACAGGCUUUUUCUUUCUUUUUUUUUUUCUUUUUUUAAAAUAUUUUUAUUGAUUUUACACAGAGAGGAA